AUCGCAUAAUCGUAAAAAAUCAAUUCAUUUAUUUCUAUUGUAAAUUUUGAACUAAAUAACAUUAUAUACAAGUCCAAACUGUUACAACUAUAACUUAUAUAAGCAAAUUAAUUGAUCACAUUAAUUUUUAUGAUUUCUUCCUUCUGCGAGCCAGUCAUCAUACAUCAAACUUACGUUGAUCUGUCGUUUGAUCUAAACGUAUCACAACUAUUAUUUUCCCUAUAUAUAUAUAUAUAUAUACACCUAGUAUACCUGACAUGGCGAAUUGAUUUGAACAAAUGUAUCUUUACGGUGUACGAUUAUGUACAAUGAACAACUCAUCACGAGGUCUGCUCCUUUGUCGUGCCACCCCACCACACACGAAACACACGGAGGUGGGACGUUGUGUCGAGUGUUGAAUUAGAUUCAGUAAAGUAAGUCGAUGAGUGCGCGCUGGUCGGUCCGGUUAUUGUGCAGAAUCGUGCUGGAUCGCUGUUUUGUUAUGUAAUUCUCCCCCUCUUUCCUUCCUUCCAAUUUUAUUUUUCCGCUCCCAUCCUCCCUUCCGAAAAACUCUCCCUCUUUUCGCAAAGAUCGCCAGAGAUCGAAAUUCUAUCGAUCGAAAUCUCUUGUGUUUUCCUUUUCUCUUUUCUCUCUCUCUCUCUCUCUCUCUCUCUCUUUCUUCUAUUUCUCCUUUUCUUUUCUUUUCUUUUUUUUCUUCUUUUUUGAAUAUCUGCUGCUCCGUCAGGGACAAAACGUAACUCGCCUUCAGAAUGGGGGCGAUGUUCAGGAGCGAGCAGAUGGCGCUCUGCCAGCUGUUCAUUCAGCCAGAGGCGGCCUAUCUUUCUGUUUCCGAGCUUGGAGAAACGGGCACGGUGCAGUUUCGUGAUCUCAACGGCGAUGUGAAUUAUUUUCAACGGAAGUUCGUGAACGAGGUGCGUCGAUGCGACGAGAUGGAGAGGAAACUUCGAUACAUCGAGGCCGAGGUGAGGAAAGACGGAGUGCCGAUCGUCGACAACCUCGCGGAACUACCACGGGCACCGAAUCCGCGUAUGAUCAUAGAUCUCGAGGCCCAUCUCGAGGAAACGGAGAACGACAUAUUAGAGCUGAGCCAAAACGCGGUGAACCUGAAGAGUAACUACCUCGAGUUGACGGAAUUACGGCAUGUGCUCGAGAAGACCCAAGUAUUUUUCACGGAGAAUCAAGAUUCGUAUCUUCUUCUAUAUCAACAGGAAGAGGCCAAUGACUCGAUCACCAGGACGCUAAUAAACGAGGAACCACAGAAUCCGAACACGACGAUUAGGGGACGUCUUGAAUUCGUUGCUGGGGUAAUAAACCGGGAACGAGUACCAGCUUUCGAGAGAAUGUUGUGGCGAAUAUCCCGUGGAAAUGUGUUUCUGCGCCAGGCUGAGCUUGACAAACCAUUAGAAGAUCCAGCUACUGGCAAUCAGAUAUUUAAAACGGUGUUCGUCGCAUUUUUCCAAGGAGAACAGCUGAAGAGCCGCAUAAGAAAAGUCUGCACCGGUUUCCACGCCUCUUUGUAUCCAUGCCCGCAUAGCCACGCGGAACGUCAAGAAAUGGUCAAAGGCGUUCGAACGAGACUGGAAGAUUUAAACUUGGUUUUGAAUCAAACGCACGAUCAUCGUCAACGCGUUUUACACAACGUAGCCAAGGAAUUGCCCAAUUGGGGUAUCAUGGUUCGAAAGAUGAAGGCGAUUUAUCACACGAUGAAUCUGUUCAACGUUGACGUAACAAAAAAGUGCCUUAUAGGAGAAUGUUGGGUACCUGUAUCGGAUCUUACCAUCGUUAGAGACUGCCUUAACGAAGGAUCGCGUCUCUGCGGUAGUUCGAUACCAUCUUUCCUCAAUGUUAUCUACACGAACGAAAACCCUCCGACGUUUAACAGGACGAACAAGUUCACCAGAGGUUUUCAAAACUUGAUCGACGCGUAUGGCGUGGCAUCGUAUCGCGAAGCUAAUCCAGCCCUUUAUACGAUUAUCACUUUCCCCUUUCUAUUUAGCAUCAUGUUCGGCGAUUUUGGACAUGGUAUAAUUAUGACUCUGUUCGCUCUGUUUAUGAUCGUGAAGGAGAAGAAGUUUAUGGCUGAAAAAACAACGAACGAAAUUUGGAAUAUAUUUUUCGCCGGACGUUACAUUAUACUUCUCAUGGGUUUGUUUUCCAUUUACACUGGCAUCAUCUAUAAUGACGUAUUCUCAAGAUCAAUAAACAUAUUCGGGUCUAGUUGGGACAUACGGUUCGACAAUAAAACAAUCAUGACUAAUGAGCUUAUGGAAUUGGACCCGGCUAAAAAAGAUUACAAACAAUACCCUUAUCCAUUGGGUAUGGAUCCAGUUUGGGUGCUUGCCGAGAACAAGAUCAUAUUCUUAAAUUCGUACAAAAUGAAGCUGUCCAUCAUCUUCGGUGUCGUGCAUAUGAUAUUUGGCGUGUUCAUGAGUACCAUUAAUAUUAUACAUUUCAAGAAAUACUCGAGCCUUUUCUUAGAAUUCUUGCCACAACUGCUUUUCCUUAUUGUAUUAUUUCUCUACCUGGUAGUCUUAAUGUUUGUUAAAUGGGUUUUAUAUAGUCCCACCUCGCCAGACAUGGCGUAUACUCCUGGCUGUGCACCAUCGAUAUUGAUCACGUUUAUUAAUAUGAUAUUGCGGGGUCAUAGCCAAGUGCGAGAAGGUUGUUCAGAGUAUAUGUUUCCGGGCCAGACCACUCUUCAGCUUGCUUGUGUCAUAAUUGCCGCGUUAUGCGUGCCCGUCAUGCUGUUUGGAAAACCACUUUUUUUCUUAUUGCACAAAAAAAACGUAGAGACGGGGAAAGUCCUGAGUGAUGGAAUCGCGUCCCAAGAUAUUGAAUUGCAAACUAAAGGGUUGCAAAAUAACCCGUCGACCAGCGGGGCAACCGAUGAACACGAAGACGAGUCGUUCGGUGAAAUAAUGAUACACCAGGCAAUUCACACUAUUGAAUACGUUCUCUCAACGAUAUCACACACUGCCUCUUACCUACGUUUGUGGGCUUUGUCGUUGGCCCACGGACAACUUUCCGAAGUUUUGUGGUCGAUGGUUCUACGCAAGGGUUUACUCGCUGCCGAGGGUAAUUAUAUAUCGGCCAUCAUGUUAUUUUUCGUGUUCGCCGCGUGGGCCUCUUUCACCGUUGCCAUUCUUGUCAUGAUGGAAGGCCUGUCAGCCUUCCUUCACACGCUUCGACUUCACUGGGUGGAGUUUAUGAGCAAAUUCUACGAUGGCCAAGGUUAUCCUUUUCAACCAUUUUGUUUUAAAUCUAUUCUAGAUGCCGAAGAUUCCGAAGACUAGACUACUGCUGUGAUCCUCAGCAAUAAUUAUAAUUAGAUAUAUCUAUCGUGUUAAACGGAAAGACUUGUUUUUAUUUUAUAAACAAAUUAACAAAUAUCGAACGAAUUAUAUACAUUGGAAGGAUAUGUUUUUGAAAAUUUUUAAACUAAGUAUUUUUGACGAAAAAAAUUUCUUUACACUUAACCAGAUUGUGCUUAUAUAAAAUAUCAUUGCAAGAGAAAUUUUUAAUCGAAGAUAUUUGUAUCCUUUUUAAUUCAAACAAGAUAAAUUUUUAGAUAAUCGUUAGGUUAACAAUAUUCGAUGUGUCUCGUAUCGAUUGUAGAAAUUUAUUAAUACGAUAAGCUUUCGAUAUCUUUUUUGAAGAUAUAUUCUUUUUUCGAAAUUAAUUGCUUUCGAAACUUAUUAUAUUAUCAUAUGUACUUGGUGUACGUUGAAAAAUAAUGAUGCCUAUGUUAAAUUUUUAUGUAAAUGAUAGAACGAAACAUUAAGAGAUAAUGAAAAUGUUUUAAACAAAUAUAACGUUUUUUUAAAAAUUAUAUAAGAAAUAUUUAUUAGUUAAUCAAUUUCCAAUGUUUUUUUAAUACACGAUUUUUCCUAUAAUUUUUUUUAACACGAUUAAAGGCACAUGAAAAUUGUAAACCAGAUAAAACUAGUAAGUUCCCCGAAUUAAGAAUAUUAUUCUCUGAUUUGUUUUAAACGAACAUAUCGUCGAUAAGUACACAUCUCGUUCAUUCCAUUCUUCAUUGUCGAAAUGUGACACUACGAUAAAAGUAUAAUAUGAUAAUUUACCAUAUUAUAUUUGCAUAUUAUUAUACUAGGAUUAUUAUGUAGAGAGAAAGAGAGGAAAGAAAAUAAAGGAGGAGAAAGAUAAAAAUUUGAGAAGGAUGGCGGGAAUGUACAUUCUAUGUUACUAGAGUACAAAUUAUCGAAAGUGAUUGCGAAAAGUAUUCAUCUUGAAACUAAUAAGAAGUGGUGUCGUUAGAGAUGUAUCCAAUAUAGAUAUUAAUGUAAUAUCUGAAAACAGUGCGAUGCAAAUAUAUAUAAAAAUAUAUUUUACCAAUA